AUGAAUGAUUCUUUUACGUUAUUGGAAGAACCAUUUUCAUCGAUUUUGCGCCUGUGUAAAACAGUCGGAGUAUGCGAUGUAGCUAAAGGGGAUCCGCUCUAUGAAAUUUUAACUCAAAUUAAAUUUCCAAACUAUUCUGACGAAGAAAUUGAUAAUUUUGAGAAAAAUCUACAAGAAAACGAUAACAUAUCUGCAUGUAUCAAACAAAUCAAGUUCAUUUACCCCUUUAUUCAUCAAAUAAAUCAAUAUGCAUUAGAUGAGCCUACAUCUCACGGAAAAUGCUAUGCUCUUUCACUUUAUUUCUCCUUUAUGGGCUGGAUUUCAUAUUCUUAUGAGUCAUCUGACUUCAGUUUCGCGUAUCAAUUCUUAAACACUUUUCUUUCAGACACUGCGUUGUUAUAUCCAUCACUAGCAGUAUCAUGCUUCUAUUAUCUAUACAAGCUCGUCAUCCAACGCGCAAAAGAAAUUGAUUUACAGUAUAUAUCCGUAUUAAAGUUCUUUUUCAUGAGUUUAGCGCCAUAUCCAAGUAAAACAUUAGAUCUCAUAGACAUAACAUUCAAGAAAAUACUUGCUAGAAACAUCCAAGAUGAAACAAAUCACAUUUUUUUUUCAAAUUUGAUGGAAGUUACUGCAAUUACAUUGGAAAUGCAUCCAAACAUAUUCGAUAGGAUUCACGCUGACGAAAUUAUCUCCUACAUCUCAUUUCGUGUCUUAAAUUUAGAGCCAAUCGCAUUAAAAAUUUAUUCACAACUUUUGACGGUUUCAUCACAAGAGGCACAAAUAAAAUUCAUUCCUACUCUCGCAGGAAAAUUUGCCAAAGAAAUUUCGAAAAUUGAUAAUUUUAAGUGGCCGGAAGAGAAACAAGUACUUGUUCUACCAUCACAAGAGCUGUAUGAGGCAAGAUAUACAUUCAGCGAAGUCAAAACGUUUCAAAAUGGUUUCAAUCCGAAAAGAAAAUAUAUUUUCAAAAAAAUUAAGGACAUAAACCAACUAAUACCUAAAGAUGAAGCUUAUUAUGUCGAUAUGAUUGAUAAUCUACUAGAAAACAACCAAUUUUGCGUUCAAGAAUUUAUUAUUUCAUUUUUCAGCGAAAAUUCACAGUCAAUUGUUUAUUAUGCUGUAUUUCUUCACUUGUUCAACAAAUAUCACGAACAGUUACCCGUGUUACAAUGCACAGAAAUGAUAAUUAACUCUCCAUUGUUUGAUCAUGGCAUUACCUUCUAUAAUUGUGAUGAUUUCGAGAUGAUUAAUACACUACGAGACGAAGCCUUCCAAAAGAUCAUCACAGAUGAUUCAGAAUCCUUUGCAAAAGCUUUAUCAUUUUUCCAAUAUUGUCCUCUGUUGCUCGCAGAGCUUUUUAUUAGAUGUGAAAACAAUCUAUUUAGGUUCGCAAAGAUAAUGGUCAACUCCCAAGUCAUUAUUCGAAUGAUUAGAGAUAUAAAUUUAUUUUUAAGGCAACAAAACUUAACAAAUCCACAUCCAGAUGAAAUAGAAGUUGCUAGAGAAAGAAUGUAUUCCCUUUUCAUGGCAAUUCUUGAGAAAUCUAAUAUGAGAAACGCAAUUUUAAGAGAAUCAAUGUUUUUACCUGCUUUUGUACUUGGUUUCUAUGAAGAAGAGUUAUGGCCUGAGACCACAAUUGUCAUCCAGAACUACGUUUGUGAUGAUAUUCAAACAGAUUUAGUUAUUGAAACAAUUAUGCAGAGUAUUGGUAGUCAUUUCUCAUCAUCCAAGUUCUCACAGAGAUAUCUGAGACUUAUUAAACAUAUUUUGCAGUUGUUUUCCAAUCUAUUAAUUGUACAUAAGAAUAUCUCAAAUUAUUUGGGGCCAUUUGUCAAACAUAUCACCACAAUACUAUCAAUUAUACCUGAAGAUCCAGAAGCUCCUAGCACUGUUCGCCAGUAUGCAAGUUUUUUGCUUGAUUUCGGAGAGGAAUGUCCAAUUGAACAAGAAAUCCUCUCUCAUAUACCGAAAAUCUUUGAAAGAGUCUUCAAAAAAGACUAUUCCAAUGACUAUUUGUCCAUUUUUGAGAAGAUGAUUGUUGGAAUAAACUCAAAAGUACCUGAUCCAAGCAAAUUGAUCAUCAUGAUGCCUCAACUUGUUCCUGUUGUACUUAAAAUAGUCGAUCAAAGCCCAGUAAUGACCAAAAUUCUUUCUUUUUUAGUAGAUUUGAUGAAUUUCAGCAUCAAAAACACAAUAAACCUUCAUAACGGUGAAGUAGAUUCAUUACUUAUCUCAUUCCUAUACGAUGCCCGCACAAACAACAAGUAUUCCAACGAACAAGUCGAUGCAAUUUUAAAUGUCAUCUCAAAAAUCGCAAUGGUUGUAUCGAAUCCCAACGUUGUGAAGCAGUUUGUGUCCUUAUUAUGUCCGCUCACAAAUUUGUGUCUUUCCACUUAUCAUCCGAAGUUUAUAAAAAUUUUGGACCAAAUUUUACUAGAUGUGUACAGAAAACACGAGAUUUCUGCAUUUAAUGACCACGAGAUAUAUUCCUGCGAGCUGAAUCAGGAAAUAAACGAAGGAUUGAGUGCAAUUUGUUGGAUUUCUUUGAGAAAUAUUUAUUCAUUCACAGUUUUCAUGACAAUGAAGUUCGAAGACACUUCUAUUGCGUUCUCAACGACCAACGAACAACUACAGAUGACAAUUCUAAGGCCAACACAGUCAAAUUCCGUUUCAACUGAAAUUGAAUUGACAAAUGACCUUUAUUAUCUGGUAAUUAUCACAAUAAAGAAGGCGAAAACAAAUAACAAGUACGUUGUAUCUAUAAAACUCAAUAAUUCUCAGAUAAAUCUUGGAGAAAUUAACCAAGAUUCAUUAAAACUGACAGAAUUCAGUUUAGGAUUCAGAAAAUCCUGUGACGUAUUCUCAAACUUCGAAAUUAUAUCGGGAGGAGUGUUUCCGCUGCUUUCUUCCCAACAAUGUCAGAUAUUUUCAUUUAAUGGGCCACUUUAUGACGGUUAUCCAACGGCUUAUGCGUAUUUCAAGUCAAAACCAAAGCCUGUAAAUACUGUUACGGAGUAUGGCUCAUCAUUCGCGAAUAUUUUAAUUUCAUUGUGGAAAUUUGACUUAAUUAUACCUUUAUUUGCUUUGUUUAACUUCAAUUUCGCUGACGGACAGCUAUACGACCUUGCUCCAACCUAUAGCUUGUCUAUAAUCAUAAAAGCAGCCUUAAGUACUGAAGAAGGACUUCGAGAUUUUGCCAAAGACAACAAAAUAGGCUACAUAUCUUAUUUAUUGACUCUUUAUGACCAGAAAGUGUUGACUUACGAUUUAUACCUUCAGUUCUACACUUUCUUCCAACUUUCCACCAUUCAAGAGUUGAAAGACCAAAUUUUCUCUCAAAUUUUAGCGAACAUGCAAAUUUGGUAUCCAUCAAUAGACUUACUCCAAAUCCUCAAACAUUGGUCACAAAUUUUGGUCGUCGUUUAUCCGAAAAUUUUUGAAUACUUUACAUUUUCUGAUCUUUUAGAAAUUUUGAGAGUUUACUUAUGGUAUUUUCCGAAAGAAUCAGAUAUUAUUGGUACAUAUCAAUCGAAGAAGCCGAGAUACCCUGAAUUGGACAUUGAUUCGUGCAGACACCAAAUUGCACAAAUAAUUGACACUUUACAAAAUUUUGACUUUACACGGAUAGAUUUGACACUUAUUUUGUCAAAUUCUUAUAAGAUCAAUGAUGUCAAACAAGUCCAAGAUUUAUUGUUUAUCUUUGAGUUCAUUGUACAAAAAAUCAACUCAAAUUUGAACAAUUUUGUUACUUCCAAACACAUUUUGAAUUUAAUUGACUUGAUUUCGACCAAAGACGAAACAAUCAUAAGAGGAGUGAUCAGAAUCAUUGGAAUAUUACAACUAAAGUCCAUUUCUUCCCAAACAAUUUUGAGUUCCUAUGUAAAUGUCAUCAUAAACAGUAUUGAUCCAGAAAUUUUGACUUCAGAAUUAUUCAAAGAAGUUUCUACAUUAUAUAAUGCGAAUGUUUAUUCAUUUUUACCUUUUCUGAGUUGGUAUGGUUCAUUUAAAACAUAUACACAACAAGUAGAAGAGAUAAUAAAGAACACAAAACCAUUAGAAAACUACAAAUUUGGUCCUGCAUGGUUCAUUUGGCCAAUUAUUUAUUCCGCAAUCAAUGAAGAUGAAAAAAGAAAGACAAUGUUGUUGUUUUUAGUACAGAUCUAUUCUAAUUUCAAAUCAUUGUUAAUAGCUAUAGAUAUGACAUGUGGUUCUUUGGGAGAAAAAGGAAGAAUAAUGAGAAAUUCUUUGUUUUUGACUUUUUGCGAAUUAAUUAAAGAUAAAAAAAUUAAUUUACAAAAAAGUGACAAAGAUGAAAUUUGCCAAUAUAUUUUGUUUUGUUUGUUAUAUAGAUGGAAUCCUUCUACACAUCCUACACUAGAAGAGAAAGAAGAAAUCAAAGAAGAAGAAUUAGUUUUGAGCGCGUCAAUUUUAUUUGAAAACAUUUCAAAACUAAAAAUCCAAAAAUACAGAACAAAAUUUGGUUUCACUUUCGAUAAAAACAACAAUUGGCUGGAUUUUAGUUUAGCUCUAUCUUUGAAUCAGAUUUAUAAUAAUUCAUUUUUGUCUUCUAUCAUUUCUCAUUACGAAAAAUUCCAACUUUUCGAAGAAAAAAGUGAAGAUAUGGAUAUUUCUGACGAUGAUGAUAAAGCAAUCAAAAGUGAAGUGAUACCUAAAAGUGACAGUUUUGGAACUAUUACACCAGUAUUCCAAACAGGAAGUUUACCUGAUAAAUUAAUCAAUAAAAGUGACAGUUUGCCACGAAUUGGCAGUUUGCCAAAACCAGAUGAAUUUGAUAAUUAUCAAGAAAAGAUAUCAAAUGAUUUGGAAUCGAUAAAAGAGAUGUUUAAGUCUCUUUUCGACAAGUAUUCCAAUUUGUUGAAUGAAAGUAUAAGUGAUUUGUCAGAUUAUGCCACUUUUGUAAUCAAAACAUGUAAUGAACAUCCAUUUAUCAAAGAAAUGGAGAAUUUCGAGUCAUUUUACAUCAAAAAACUGUUUGAAGACAAAUCAUUAAACCACGAGAGAUGGAUGAGAUUAUGGAGUGCGUUGAGAUCUGAUGGAGGUCCGUGGGAUCCUUCAAGAAAUUCUGUAAAACAAUCACCUCACUUCAAACGUGACAACAUUGAUUGUUUUGCGUAUUGUCCAUUCAGACUGAAAACUAAUCAUCAUUACACAAAUCACGCUGAUGCUGUUUGUAGACGAUGUGAUAGAACAGAACCAAUUAUCUUAACGAAAAAGAAAAGAAAUUCAUCAUCUUCUAUUAAUUUGAUGACUGAUGUUGAUACUGAAUCUUGUUCACUUUUGGUUGGAAAUCAACAAACACCAAUUUUAUCUGGUAUAACUCUAAAAGAAAUCCUAAAUCUGCCAUGUAAAAUUGUAAAACCAAAAAGUGUCAAAAAUGCAAUUUUCAAAUUUUAUGAAAAUAAAAUUUACAUUGUCAAAGAAGAUUCAGUUAUAACUAUUAACCAUGAUGAUGUGAAUCAUAUUUACUUAAGAUCAAGAUUCCACAGAUUGACAGCAAUAGAAAUAUUUAGUUGUUCGAAUUGCCCUUUGUUUUUGGAUUUUGAACGGCCAAUUCUCAAAAUUUUGUCAAAAAUUUAUGAUUAUUUGCCACGUAAAGUUCAGAAAUUACCAUUUGCACAGCAUUUCAACCAGUUAAACAUUACAGAAGACUGGGUUAAUGGCAGGAUAUCCAAUUUUGCCUAUUUGAUGCUGUUAAAUGUAUUAAGUGGUCGCAGUUUUAAUGAUUUAGCACAAUAUCCUAUUUUUCCAUGGGUUAUUUUCGAUUCUACAUCGAAAGUUUUGGAUUUGUCGAAACCAGAAACAUUCAGAGACUUUUCAAAACCGAUUGGUGCACAAAACGAAGAUAAUUUGCAGAAAUUAAUUGCAUUAUCACAUGAACAACCACCUGACCAACAAAGAUAUUUGUUUUCAAGUGGUCCUGUUUCCAGAUUAAUUAUUUGUCUUUAUUUGUUACGUUUAGAACCAUUUGCAUCUAUCCACAUUGAUUUGCAAAGUGGACAUUUCGAUGUUCCAGAAAGAUUGGUUUGUAGUUACCAUGAUUCUUUGAAAGUUGUUUUGAAUAUAAUGCAUGACAACAGGGAACUGAUUCCUGAGUUUUUCUUUAUGCCAGAAUUUCUUGUGAAUUCAAACAAUUUCAAUCUCGGAGAGAGAAACGGGAAAAAAGUUGAUGAUAUCGAGAUCCCGCCAUGGUCAUCGAAACCUAUUGACUUUGUUUAUAAAAACAGAAGAGCUUUGGAAAGUAAUUAUGUUUCGCAGAACAUAAAGAACUGGAUUGAUUUGAUUUGGGGAUACAAACAAAGAGGAAUAGAAGGAGAAAAGGCAAAUAACUUGUACGAACCAAAACUUUAUGAAGAUGUUUGGCAAAGAGAAACGGAUCCUUACAAUGAACAAGGUUUAGAAGAUUUCUUAUCAAUGAUCGGCCAAAUGCCCGCUCAAUUGUUCACUUCACCUCACCCGCAAAAGAAAAAUGUUCAACAGAAUUUUUUGCCAUUUUCUGACAUUUGCACAUUGAAUCCAUAUUUGUUUUGUUCAUUUGAUGAAAAUUACGGACAAUUAGGAGUUGUUGAAAUAGAUGGAACUUUUUCUGUUUACGCUGUUAAACAGACUAGUUCGAAAAUAGAAUUAAUUUUAAGUCAAAAAUUUAAUUUACAUAAUAAUAACUAUUUGAAGCUUUUUGAAAGGAAAGAUUUGUUGUUGUUUAGUGCUAAUGAAAAAGGUUUAGUUUUCGUUGGAAGUGAACAGAGUAGAUCUGUCUUUGUAUUGAACUUUUCAGGGAAUUUGAUGACGAUUCCUAUUCCUCAAUACAAACCAAUCAAACUCUUCAGUUUGUGCAAUUGGUUUUUAGUGUCUGGAAAUGAUUCAACAACUUCCAUUUUUAAGUAUGUAAACCAUUCAAAAUUCCGUCCGGUUUACACACUUCAAAGUUACAGAAAUAAUGCUGUUUGUUGUUGUUUGAAUGAGACAUUUAAAGUCCAGAUAAUUGGCUGUGAUGACGGCACAUUAACUAUUUCAUCACUGGCAACUGGACAAACAAUAAAUGUCAUCAAUCUCGGACAACAAACAACUCCGAAAAUGAUCGGAGUUUCUCCUUCUUGGGGAUUCAUUGUUUGCGAAAUGACAAGAAUUGUUAACUCAGAAACAAUCAGUUUGUUGAGUGUCUUCAAUAUCAAUGGUCUUCCAAUCAAAGAAUACAGAUUGGGAUCAAAGAUUUUGACAUGGACAUUUUGGGUUUCUCCUCGUGGAUUCGAUUAUAUCUGCACAAUCAACAAGAAAGGAUCAAUAAAUGUCGCUGAAAUUUAUUAUUUGAAUUUCACUCAGAUUGGAAACAUUUUCCAGAACGCUGUUUACGUUAAAUACUCUACACAAUUAGGUGCAAUUGUUGCAGCUAAUACCGAUGGUGUUGUUUCAUUCAUUCCUUACUGUGAUAAGGAAGAUUGGUAA